AUGGGGCGUUCUUUCCAGGCGAGCUUUAGGCGAACCUUUCCUUGUGGACAUGGUCGGGGAAGCUCGAAAGCUCGGAUUGCCAUUCGGGACUCAUCGGAGUCGAGAAUCUGCGAGAGAGGGAUCUUUAAGGCGCCUACGGGAGGUUUGGGCAUCUCCGAUGGCCUCGAGUGCAAGAUCUCCAGGGCAAGGACCAAAUCGCGAUCAGUCGGCUAG